AUGACAUUAAAUUGUGCCAAACAAUAUUUUAUACAAAUUAUUUUAUUUUACACACUAAUUUUAUUGGUAAAUUGCGACGAAUUAGAAGCUCGUAUUUCAUUAAAUGUAGAAGGAACAGGAUUUCAUAGAAAUUUAAUAUAUCAAAUAUAUAUCGAUCAAUUCAUAGAGGAUUGUUACAUUGUCCUUUAUUUGCAACUUCCAUCUGCUUUAUAUGUUGAUGUUAAUGAAUUAAAUCAUUUAAGAAGACUUGGAAUUAGCACAGCAUGUUCUAGCGGAGAAACCAAUGUCGAAUUAUUCACUGAAAAAGCACAAAUACAAAAUAUAAGUAUUUGUUCACGUUUAACUAAUAUAGAAAGUAUCUUAAAACUCCCAGUACAUCAACGUUAUCGAUAUGCUAGUGUAAAUGAUAAAUACAUAAAUAUUAGCUUACCAGAUCCAAAGUUGUUAUUGGGCUGUAGAAAAAGACUCAAAGAAUACAGAAUUUCUAAAAUUGAUUUGUGUUCUCCAUGCGUAGAUAUCGUACCUAAAUGGAGAGAGAUUCCAUACGUGAUGUUAAAUAAUAAAGAUAUGAAAAAUGAAUGGACAAUUCCAAUUGGUGAAACAACUAUGUUACCUCUGGUAACUUAUACAACAUUGUUAUUAACAAUAUUAUGUACAAUAUUUCUUAUACAUACAAUUUGGAAAUCUAUGCCUAGACAACAUCUUAAGAGAGAGUAACAUAUCUUAAUUAAAUAUGUUGAUGUAUUAUGAUCAUUUGUACUUUUAUAGUAACAAAUUUUUCUAAACUUGUAUAAAUACGUUCAUACGUAUUGUUCUUUAAUUUAAUAAAUAUU